AUGCACUUGGAUGAAGUCAUGUGUGGCACUGGUAGAUCGAAUCCAAACGGUGGAUUGAAUUGCUGGGAAAACUUCAUGCCAUUGAACCAAGGUCCAGAUUUGCAAUCAGUUGGUAAGGCUUUGGGAUCUGGCUAUGUCACUAUUGCUGGUGUUUUGAUCAGUCCAAAGGUUAAAGAUGCAUAUGUUAAUGGCAGUAACAGCGUCGUUGGUUCACACACCUAUGCCUCCCAUGCAUUUAACUGUAGUGUUGCGUUAGGUAUCCAAAAAAAAAUCAUUGAAAAAGGUUUGACUAAGAACAUCUUCAAAAUGGGCAACUUGAUGGGUGAAACUUUGAAGAAGAAGUUACUAGCUAACGAUAACAUUGUUGGUGAUGUCAGAGGUAUUGGUGGGUUUUGGUCGUUGGAAUUUGUUAGGGACAGAAAGGGAAAGAUUAGCUUUGCUCCCAAAUUAGAUGUUGGCCACAGAUUUCAAGCUGUGUGUUUUGAAAAUGGCAUAAAUGUCAUGGGUAUGACUGGCACCUAUGAUUAUACUACAGGGGAAGGUGAUGUUGCACUGUUGGCGCCAUCAUUUAUCAUUACUGAGAACGAUGUCGAGGAAAUUGUUGAGAGAGUUGUUAAAUCAGUCGAUGAGUUGACUGCUGUUUUGAAAAGGGAAGGUGAAUUUUAA